CAUAAUAAAAAUUAUUAAAAUCGCAAAUAAAGGUAUAAUUAUUUCCCGGACGUCAACUUUUCCUUCCUGUUUCAUAACCUACCAUGUAAAAUGCACAUUCUAUUCAAACUAUAUCAAGUUGAUGAUUUUAGAAUUAAAACAAGGAAUUCAUCAGUUUUAGGCAGAGGAUAUAGUGUACUAACAAGUCUCUGAUAAGUUAGUGUGGUGUUAAUGAUACGUUAGUGUGGUGUUAAUAUCCUUUCUGCUAUUUAAAAUAUUUGUAAAAUAUAAUAUGUACCUCAUAGAUGGAGAAGUAUCAACUAAAUUCUAUCAAUAUUUAUGCAAUAUUUUUGGUUUGAAGGAAGGGGUAAGGACAAGAAGAGAGAUAUUUGUAGCAAUGGAUUUUGUUAGCAAAGACAAUAAAUUUACCUAUAUAAGUAGUGGGAGUAAGUCAGAAGGCUUAGACCUUGCAGGUAGUGAUAACGAUCGGAUGGCAGUUAUUCAACUUUAUCGAGUAUAUGGGAAUGUGUAUGAGAUUCAUAACUUUCAAAAUAAAAUGCCUAUCGUAAUGGACACCUUUGACGUAAAACCCGGAUUUACAAAGCUCAAGUUAUUACACGGAUCACCUACCAGCUUCCCAGUAAAAGAUUGCUGCGAAUUAAUAGAGGGUGAUUACUACAUAUCAAGUAAACUUUUCAAGGAGUUUUCUUUACAAAUGGAAUUACCGGGAGAUAUGAUAAUUCACGGUCCAUGCAUUUCUAAUUCAGAUGCUAUCUUUGAUGGGACAUACUCUUUUUGCUGCCAAGAAUGGUUUUCUGCUGCUCACCCAUGGAUCUAUAGAUCAGGAUCUUCGAAUCUUUAUCAUGCUUUAAUUACUUCCAUUGUAGAAUAUGGAACUUUAUUUGUUCCAGUUGGAAGUAAGGAUUCUACAACUGAGGAUCUUGAAUGGCGUAUAUCAUUUUCAGUAGCAGAAAAACAUCUUAUUAUUUUUUCAUUUUCUCACACGCAAUUAUUAUGCUAUGCUGUGCUUAAAAUUCUUUUGAAAGAUAUAAUAAAAGAAGAACACGGAGAUUUACUAUGCUCGUAUUUCAUUAAAACCAUAAUGCUUUGGUUGAACGAAGAGACUAGUUCAUUAUACCGGAGACCCGAAAAUUUAAUUAGUUGUUUCAUAACCUGCUUACGUCGACUAAUUUACUGUGUUAAAUACAAGACUUGUCUUCAAUAUUUUAUUCCUGAUAACAACCUGUUUUUUAUAGGUUUAAAGAUUCACAGCAUAAAUGUUUAUUGACAACAUUACUUCGCACUUAUAAUCUAGGUUGGACUUGUGGUUUCCACACGGACACCUUACAAACGUUCAGAUCCGUACAACGUACUAUAAUUCUACCCUAUUUAACAGUUUCUUUCGUGCAAUGUCUUGUUUAUUUAGGGCAUUUAUCGAAUGGUUCAAUCCAAGUCUUACCGAUACGAUUACAGCGUGCUAUGUUUGCUUGUGCAUAUUUUUCUUCUAAAGAAAUUUUCCUUUACUUCACUUCCUUACUUUGCCAAAGAUAUGUGCAACAACAUUUUCUACCAAAUAUGUCCGGAAGAAACAAAUCAUUUUACAGACAAGACAAUAACUUAUUGAAAUAUCUUAAAUCAAAUUUGUAUACAGACGCGGCUUCUGGUUGGAUAUUAAUUGCCUCAUUUUUUUUAUAAAAGAAAACAAUUCAAACAAGGCAUGUAUAUAGUAAACCACUGCUUAUGCAAGCUAGCGCCAGGUAAGAUUAGAUUACAUGGCAACAGUUCAAUAGAAGAACAAACUGUGUUCCAAAGAAGAAUACAAACAGUUGGAUUUACGCUGGCUUGCAAGCAUUAUCUUUUCGCAGAAGUUUUUUUUUUCGAACCAUUCAUUUUAUUACCAGAAGAACUGAAACCCCUUGAAUCAUUAAACCGACACGGAGAACUUUUUUUACCAGCAGUUGUUUAUUUUCAUCUUCUUCGUUUUCUUUGCCUCCAUCAUUUAGGAAAUCACGGAGGCAAAAUAAAAGUUUUUCAAGAACUAGAACUUACAGUGCGAUUAAAGUUUUUCGUUGGCAUCAAUGAAUAUUUUGUUAAAAUGGCAGACGUUUGUCUACACUUAGCUAAAUGCAUUCUUUAAAUAUGAAAUAGAACCGGACAAGUUUGAACAAAACAGUUUUCUGAUAAUACAGACAGUUUUUUAUAUAAACAAUCAAAUAAUGAUAAAUACGAAGUAAGGCUAUAUGGAACAUGUUUUGUUAGGUAAAUGUUUGUUUUUUUUAAUUUCUCAGAUGAGUUAGUUGUUGCGGACUGUUGUACUUUCGUAUAAUUAAUUCGUGUUGCACUCAUUAUGCAGUAUCAAUUAAUUAAAACACAAUUAAAUGGUAUGCUAUACUAUUUAAGAUAAAUUUCCUACUGAAAUAAAAACUUCCAUGUA